AGUUAGCUCAUCAUCAUGAGGAUUUGGCAGUUGGUCCCUAUAUAAAGGGAAGAACAGAGCUACAGACAGAGGGAGAGGGACAAAGUGGACAACUGCCUCUUCUGCUCCACCUUUGCUGCGAUAAGUCAAAGGGGCUGGAGCUGCUGAACAACGCGCUCGGACAUGGGGCUCGGAAAGGCCAAGCUGCUCCUGUGGGCCAGGAUGGUCGUGCUCUGGGGCAUACCUAACCUUCCUCUCAGUGUGGAAUCUGGGGAAAUUCCAGGGUCUCCCCCUCCGAGCCUUCUCGGAAGAGAAUUCAUCACUGCCUUCAUGCAGAACGGCUUACAACAAACACUCAACAGCGACUUCCGGCUACUCAUCACAGGCUACGCCCCAGCCACAUCCAUCACCAUCUCCAUGAAGAAGCCGGCGCUCAGGGUGCUGCUCCAGGUGGAUGCCGGCCAGACUGCAACGGUGAUAAUUCCACCCCAUGCUGAGAUGGUAGGGGCCAAAGUCUUCGACAACACAGUUGUUGUCCGGGCUGACAAUGAUGUCUCUGUCCUCUCACUCAACUCCAAACCCAACUCAGCUGACACCACCCCCGUCUACCCGGUGCAGAGCUUGGGAACGGAGUAUUAUAUUGCCACGCCGACCAUGGGCACGGAUCGCUAUGGAGAGUUUGCCAUUGUGGCCUGGGAAGGCCCCACCACAGUUGAUGUGCAUCUGAAAGGGGCUGUCAUUUUUCAAGGAAAGACGCACUUCGGAGGGAGCAGGCUUACCAUGAAGCUGGAGGCAAACCAGGCAGUCCAGCUGCAGAGCCCAGUGGACAUAUCUGGCACCAAAAUCAUUUCCCAGAAGCCUGUGGCUGUCUACGCUGGACACACCUGUGUGACAAGAUCCAAUCAGUGUGACCACGUGUCGGAGCAGCUCCUGCCUGUCUCCAGCUGGGGGACCACCUUCAUCGUGCCCCCGCUGUCCUUUGAGAUGCAGGGUGAUAUCGUCUAUAUCUCCACCUCCCAAGCAACUGAGGUGGAAGUUCAAGUUGGGAUGAGCAAGAGCAGCAUGAGGCUGCUAGCUGAGAAGGCUGUGCAGUACAGAAUCCCUAGCUCCAAUGCCUUGUUCUUCUCCGCUAGCGCUGGGAUCCAAGUCAUCUUCUUCUGCGAUGGUGGGACCAAAGGAAACAUCAGAUACGACCCAUUCUUCAUGGCCAUCCCAGCUGUCUCGAGCUACUGCCAGUCCUAUCACAUCUACGGGCACAACGAGUUUGAGAACUAUGCACUGAUCAUUGCCAAGACAUCAGAGUCCGUGGGGGUCACCAUCGAUAAGAGACAACUGCGCAAUGUCCUGUGGAGGCCAGUUCCAGGCACAGAAUACUCUUGGGCUGAAUACAGCCUUGGCAGAGGGUUCCAGGUCCAUAACGUGGAGCACGCCAGCUCCCCCUUCGGCCUGCUGAGCGUUGGGAUCGGAAACCAGAAGGCGUACGGCUCCCCAGCCAUUUGUGCCAGUGAUCCAUGCAGAACGCUGAAUUGCCGGGAGAAGGAAACAUGCAGGAUUAAGAACGGCCAGGCAAUAUGUUUCCAUGACUACAUGGGAACCUGCCAGGGGUCCCUGACCUCCCAGUACUACACCUUUGAUGGUCAGACCAUGGAUGUCCAAGACACCUGCACCUAUACCAUCACCAAGUACUGUGGUCAUGACCUCACCCUGGAGCCCUUCACCAUUGAGGAGAAAAACAGCAACAUGGGGGAACAGGACAGUUCCAACCUUGGGUUGACCACCAUCCAUGUCUAUGGCUACAACAUCUCCAUCUACAAGGGACAGAGUGGAGAAGUCAGGUUAAAUGACAAGAGCGUCCGCCUGCCAGUCACCCUGGAGGCUGGGAAAAUCAAGCUCUCCCAGAGCGAGAGACGUCCCAUCCUGCAGACGGAUUUUGGAUUCCAGGUGCGAUAUGACAGUGACUGGGCUGUGAUCGUGACUCUCGCCAGCAGCUAUUUUGGGAGCACUUGCGGGCUGUGUGGGAACUUCAAUGGUGACACUGACGAUGAAGAGAUGCUCUCCAAUGGCACCAAAGCCUCUUCCGUCCUGGCCUGGCUUGAUAGCUGGAGAGUGGAGGACUCAGACCCCUCCUGCAGGGAUUCCUGCCAGGGGAAAUGUCCGGUGUGUGAGGAGAGCAAGAGGCAGCUCUACGGGGGGGACAGUCACUGCGGGGGGAUCAGCAAAGCGCCAGGCGGGCCCUUCAGAAAGUGUCACCCCAGAGUGAGCCCCGACGAGUUCUUCCACAGCUGUGUCCACAACGUGUGUCUGAAUGAGGGUGACAAGAGCAUCCUGUGCCAGGCGCUGGAGGCCUACGCGGACGCCUGCCGGGAGCACGCGGUCACUGUCUACGACUGGAGGACGCCCUCCGGCUGUGUCCUGCCUUGCCCUGAGAACAGCCACUACGAGGCCUGUGGGAACGCCUGCCCAGCCAGCUGCUCUGACCGAACUGCUCCCUCCUCCUGCCGGGAGCCCUGCGUGGAGACCUGCCAGUGUGACGAUGGUUACGUCCUGAGUUCUGGCCAGUGCGUCCCCAUGGGGAGCUGCGGAUGUGACUAUAAUGGCCGCUACUACAAACCCAAUGAGGAGUUCUGGGCCGAUGAGAACUGCCGCUCUCGAUGCAGGUGUGACCCCAUCCUAGGCACGGUGGUUUGCCAGGAAAGCAGCUGCAAGAGCAAUGAGCGGUGUGUCAUUGUGAACGGUGCCCACCGCUGUAAGGCGACUACCUACUCUACCUGCAUAGGUACUGGAGACCCUCACUACACCACCUUCGAUGGGAAGAAGUAUGAUUUCCAAGGCACCUGCAUCUACCAGUUCGUGGCUCUCUGCUCCGAGGACCCCACGCUCACCCCGUUCAAUGUCAAAGUGGAGAACAACCACCGCGGCAGUAAGGCCGUGUCCUUCACCAAAACGGUGACCUUAGAGGUCUACAACGUGACCAUCAGCAUGAGCCAGGAUCAUCCACGCAAGAUGCAGGUGGAUGGCAUUUUUGUGGACCUGCCCUUCUCCCACCAGCACAAGUUCAAGGCCUACAUCAGUGGUGUUCAUGGUUUCAUCAAGACCAACUUCGACCUGAGAGUGAGCUUCGACUGGUACAGCUAUGCCAGGGUCAUCAUACCCAAUACGUACGCCAACGCUGUCUGCGGCCUCUGUGGCAAUGCCAAUCAGGACCCCAGCGAUGAUCUGACCAUGAAGGAUGGAAGUCAGACAUCGGAUGAGAUUCAGUUCGCCGACAGCUGGAAGGUUGGUGACGUCCCGGGUUGCUCGUCUAGCUGCACCGGGGACUGCUCAGUCUGUAGUGAGGCUCAGAAACAAACCUACAAGGGAGACCAGUACUGUGGGGUCCUCAUCCGACAGAACGGGCCAUUCAGACAGUGCCACGGGGCCAUCGACCCGGCUCCGUUUUUUGAUGAUUGUGUCUUUGACACCUGCCACUACAAGGGUCAUCGUGAUACUUUGUGCAGCGCAGUCAGUGCCUAUGUGACAGCCUGCCAGGCCAGGGGCAUCCGGAUAGGGCAGUGGAGAUCGGCCUCAUUCUGCAGCCUCACCUGUCCCCGGAACUCUCACUACGAGUUCUGUGGGACCAGCUGUCAUGCCACCUGCCACAGGCCCUCGGCUCCAGACAAAUGCGAGGAGCCCUGUGUGGAAGGGUGUUUCUGCAACACCGGAUUCAUCCUCAGCGGAGACCGAUGUGUCCCCAUCACGCAGUGCGGCUGUGUGCACGAGGGCAGGUACUACCAGAAGGGAGAGGAGUUCUACAGCAGCGCCUCCUGCCAGCAGCGAUGCCGGUGCCAAGGCAACGGGGUUGUCGAGUGCCAGGCAGCCUCCUGCGGAGCCAAUGAGGAGUGCAGGGUGGAGAACGGAGUCCUGGGCUGCCACCCCAUGGACUAUGGAACCAGCGUAGUCUCUGGUGACCCUCACUACAUCUCAUUUGAUGGACGGGCCUUUGACAUCCAGGGCUCCUGCACUUACACCUUAGCCAAGGUCUGCAGCAGUGACCCCCGGCUGGUGGAAUUUUCCGUGGUGGUUGAGAACGAGAGCACCGGCGGUGGCCGUGUGGCUCAGACGCGGGCGGUGGUGGUCUCCGUGUAUGGUUACACCAUCUCUCUGGAGAGGGGAAGGAAGUGGAAGGUGGCGGUGGGUGGAGAGCUCUACACCCUCCCACUGACUAUGGACGACGGGAAACUUCGGAUCAACCAGGAAGGGAACAACAUCAUUGUCCAGUCUGCCUCUGGCCUCCAAGUCUUUUAUGACACUGCCUCCUACCUCCUAGUGUCCAUCCCCAGCACCUACAAGGGACACAUGUGCGGUCUAGCUGGCAAUUUCAAUGGUGACAAAAAUGAUGACUUCCUGCUGCCCAAUGGAAAGAGCACUCAAAGUUUGAGAGAGUUUGUCACCUCCUGGAAGGUGCCUGUUGAUGGUGCCAUGUGCUCCGAUGGCUGCGGUGAGAGAUGUCCCAUCUGUGAUGGGGUCCAGACAGCACCGUACCAGUCCGAGAGCUCCUGUGGGCUGAUCAGAGCCACUUCAGGUCCCUUCAGAGAUUGUCACUCGCUGGUCAGCCCUGCCACGUACUUCAACCACUGUCUCCACGACAUGUGUGCUACCAACGGGAUGGGAGAGACCCUCUGCCAGAGCCUCCAGGCCUAUGCGGCCGCAUGCCAGACAACUGGGGCCAAGAUCAGAGCCUGGAGAACAGCCUUCUUCUGCCCCCUUGCCUGCCCACUCAACAGCCACUAUGAGCUGUGCACCACCUCCUGCGAUUUCACCUGUGCUGGCUUGUCUGCCCCUGCUCAGUGCACCCAGAAAUGCUUUGAAGGCUGCCAGUGCAACACUGGCUACAUGUUCGAUGGGGAGGGGUGCGUGUCCAUGGACAGGUGCGGCUGCAUGCACGAUGGACGCUACAUCAAGUCCAGGGAGAAUGUCAUCUCCAGUGACUGCUCAGAGAAAUGCACUUGCCACCCAUCAGGUGGGCUCAUCUGUGAGAAAAACAGCUGCGCCACUGGCGAGAUCUGCGUGCUCAGGGAUGGGAUGCAUGGAUGCGUGGAGCAGGAAGGCCGGUGCAUGGUCUCUCCGGGCGCUUACCUCACCACCUUUGAUGGUGCCAAGGGGAAACUCCUCUACAGUGGGACGUACAAAGUGGCCUCUCUCUGUGACGAGAGCUCUCCUACCUGGUUCAAGGUGGUGGUAGACAUCAGCGAAUGCACCAAUGACGGAAUACCAGCUUGUGCGGUCAUCUUUGUUUUUUUCCGAGAAGCUCUUAUCACUGUGAACAAUAACAUGGAGACCUGGGUGAAUGGGCGCUCUGUGCAGCUCCUGGCAAACGUCUCCGAUGCUGUGUCUGUGAUCGAAUCUCAGGGCGGCGUGGCCGUGGUCCAGGCCUCGGGGAUGCAAGUUCUGUUCAGCCCCAGUGGGGAGGUGACGCUGAAGGUCGGUGAGAGCCUGGCUAACAAGCUGUGUGCACCCUGCGGGAACUUCAACGGCGACGUCUCCGAUGACCUGCGGCUGCCCAGCGGGAAAAUCGUGGGGAGCAUCGCCGAGGUCAUCGAUGCCUGGAAGGCCAGGGACUUUUUAGGAUGUGACUGACGUGCAAAGGCAAGAUGCUUCUCUGGCUGCCACGCUUCUAACAUGGUGCGAACUGACCUGGAAGCUCCGUUGGUCCUUGCACAUUAGACGGCGCCAGCGUGGGUUUGGCCCAGGAAUUCUCACUACACAGAGUGCUGGAGGCAGCUGGGACUCACCAGUCCAUGUGUGUGGCUGAAACCCUGGGCUGAUGUGUCCAGAGCUGUGUGAGGGAAUUGGGUGCACCACGUUCCCAGCUUUGGAUAUCUCAGCCCACACACACACACACACACACGCAUUGUAUAGAGCUCUCUACCGUCAGGGUUGCAUUAUCAAAAGCAUCCAAAGGAAUUAGGCACUAGAGCUGGUUGAAAUUUUUUGGCCAAAACUGCAGAAUUGGUGACAUUAAAACGUUCCACAAAUUUGUGUCGAUUUUUGCCAAAUUGCUCAUUAAGAAAAAAAUCUAAGGGGGGGGGGAAAGAGGGCUUUGUCUUGAUACUUUCAAAAAAAAAUGUUUCAAUUUUAAUUUCAAAAUUUCCUUUUAUUUUAUUUUUUAAAAAUCCCCAAACAUUUUGGAGUGGUCAAACUUUAAAUGAAAUGGUUCAUUUGAACCCCAAACAAUUUUUGUUCAAGUUUUCAAUGAGCCAAAAAUGACGAAAAGUUACAUUUUUGGUCCAGCCCGGAACAGUUUUUCCCCCCUGACUUUUCAAAAUUGUAAAUGAACUAAAAAAUCAAUUAUUUGCCCAUCUCUAUUAGGCUCACAGACUUUAAGGCCAGAAGGGACCAUCAUGAUCAUCUAGUCUGAUCUGCACAUUACACGCCACAGAAUCUCAUCCACCAACUCCUGCAAUAGACCCAUAACCUCUGGCUGAGUUACUGACGUCCUCAAAUCAUGAUUUAAAAACUUCAAGUUACAGAGUUCAAACCAGCAAGUGACCUGUGCCCCAUGCUGCAGAGGAAGGCAAAAAAACCCCCAGGGUCUCUGCCAAUCUGACCCGGGGACAAAUUCCUUCCCUACUCUAAAUAUGAUGAUCAGUUACACCCGGGAUGGGCAAACUACGGCCCACCGGCCAGAUCCAACUCACCAGCCAUUUUAAUCUGGCCCUCGAGCUCCCGCUGGGGAGCGGGAUCUGGGUCUUGCCCCACUCUGGCACUCCAGCCGGGGAGCAGGGUCGGGGGCCAUUCCACGUGACCCACGGAAGCAAUGGCAUGGCCCCCCCUCUGUCUCCUAUGUGUAGGGGCAGCCAGGGGGCUCUGCUCUGCACACUGCCCCCGCCCCAAGCGCCACCCCUGCAUCUCCCAUUGGCCUGGAACUGCAACCAAUGGGAGCUGCAGGGGCAGUGCCUGCGGACUGGACAGUGUGCAGAGCCACCUGGCUGCACCUCAGCGUAGGAGCCAGAGAAGGGACAUGCCACUGCUUCCGGGAGCUGCCUGAGGUAAGCUCCGCCCUGAGUCUGCACCCCUGAGCCUCCCCCGCACGCUCCAACCCUAACCCUCAGCCCUGAUCUGCCCUCCAAACCUCUCUGUCCCAGCCCGAAGCACCCUCCUACACCCCAAACUCCUCAUCCCUAGCCUCCCCCAGAGACCAUCCCUCGCACCCCACCCUCCACCCCAGCCCAGAGCCCCCUCCCGCACCCUGAACUCCUCAUUUCUGGCCCCACCACAGAUCACACACCCCCAACCAGAGCCCUCACCCCCUUGCGCACCCCAACCCCAAUUUUGUGAGUAUUCCUGGCCCGCCGUACAAUUUCUAUUCCCAGAUGUGGCCCUUGGGCCAAAGAGUUUGCCCACCCCUGGGUUAGACCCUGAGCAUGUUGGCAAGACCCACCAGCCAGACCCCAGGGAAAGAAUUCUCUGAGCCCUCCCCGUGUAGUGUCCCAUCGUCGGCCAUUGGGGAUAUUUGCUAUUAGCAGUCGAGCAUGGGCCAUAUACAUAAAGUUUUAAAUUUAAUGGAGAUAUCCUAUCUCCUAGAACUAGAAGGGACCUUGAAAGGUCAUUGAGUCCAGCCCCUUGCCUUCACUAGCAGGACCAAGUACUGAUUUUGCCCCAGAUCCCUAAGUGGCUCCCUCAAGGAUUGAACUCACAACCCUGGGUUUAGCAGCCCAAUGCUCAAACCACUGAGCUAUCCCUCCCCCCCAAACACAUCACACCAUCCCCUCCAUAAACUUAUCAAGCUCAGUCUUAAAGCCAGUUCGUUUUUUUGCCCCCACUGCUCCCCUUGGGAGGCUACUCCAGAAUUUCUCUCUUCUGAUGGUUAGACACCUUCGUCUAAUUUCGAGCCUAAACUUGCUGAUGGUCAGUUUAUAGCCCCUUGUUCUUGUGUCCACCUUUGCCCGAAAUAAUGUUACGCACCCAGCACAACCAGGUGUGGGGACAUGCUUCCCAGCAGCUAUUUUACAAAUGCUACCCUCAACGGCUGAAAUGCUGCUUUCUUGUUGUCCAUUUCUGGCCAGCCCUGCUGA